AUGGCGGGCCUAAGGCUGAGAUGGUUCCCCCAGCCAAACUCAAUGCCUCUAUAUACUCUUUCUGUGGAGUUUGUGCGAUUGCCUUCGAUUUUUGAACCAUUCCCAUCCACUAACGAAAACUAUGCCUUCUCCGGCGAGUGGCCGGCGAGCUAUUGGAGUCUCAGUCACCAUCCAUCGUCCUCUCGAAAGCUCUUAAUCCGCCAUGGCUUUCUCAGAAGGUACGCUUUCUCUCCCCUUGGGGAUUGA